GCUACGCGAAGAUAAAUUUUAGCGGCUUGUUAUCGGGGAGUUCCCUCGCGCUCGUUUAAAAGCUGUAGCGUAAGACGAACCAGCAUCAUUCGCUUUCCGGCGUCCCGUGUCGUGUGCAGUACAGUCCCCCUCCACACUCCGCCCUCAACAUGUGGUCUCUCGUACUGCCGCUGGCGCUACUCUGCGCAGGGGUGUACAGCCAAAACGCCGCCUCCAUGACCCUAAACUCCGACGGCUCCUCGCUCUUCGCCACCAAGCUGGGCUUGGCCCACACCGACAAUAACGCACUCAGCGCCUUGUUAUCCAAGUCCUCAACGGGAGCCAUCAGCAAAGGACUCGCUUUAGAUAAUGUGAAUGGCCACGGGCUGUCAGUGUCCCAGACAAACAUUCCUGGCUUCGGCAGCCAGCUGACCGGCGCGGGGAAGCUGAAUCUGCUCCACAACCAGAACCACAACCUCAAUGCCAACGCCUUCAUCACCAAGAACAUGCCCAACAUCCCGCAAGUGCCCAACUUUAAUACAGUUGGAGGCAACCUGGACUACAUGUUCAAGGACCGUGUGGGCGCGACCUUGGGCGCUGCCAGGACCCCAUUUCUGGACCGCACCGACUACUCGGCGAUGGGCAAGCUGAACCUGUUCCACUCCCCCUCAUCCUCCGUUGACCUCAACGCUGGGUUCUCGAAUCUUCCUCCACACUCCGCUCUCAACAUGUGGUCCCUCGUGCUGCCGCUGGCGCUGCUCUGCGCAGGGGUGUACAGCCAGAACGCCGCCUCCAUGACCCUCAACUCCGACGGCUCCUCGCUCUACGCCACCAAGCUGGGCUUGGCCCACACCGACAAUAAUGCACUCAGCGCUUUGUUAUCCAAGUCCUCAACGGGAGCCAUCAGCAAAGGACUCGCUUUAGAUAAUGUGAACGGCCACGGGCUGUCAGUGUCCCAGACGAACAUUCCCGGCUUCGGCAGCCAGCUGACCGGCGCGGGUAAGCUGAACCUGCUCCACAACCAGAACCACAAACUCGAUGCCAACGCCUUCAUCACCAAGAACAUGCCCAACAUCCCGCAAGUGCCCAACUUUAAUACAGUUGGAGGCAACCUGGACUACAUGUUCAAAGACCGUGUUGGCGCUACCUUGGGCGCUGCCAGGACUCCAUUCCUGGACCGCACCGACUACUCGGCGAUGGGCAAGCUGAACCUGUUCCAGUCCCCCGCCUCCCGUGUGGACCUCAACGCUGGGUUCUCCAAAGUUUCCUCACCUUCCUUCAAUACCAACUGGCAACCAGCAGGAGGAUUGACCUUUACUAAAUUCUGGGGAUAAACCACUGCAGUAUUCAUUGUUAUUGUAAAUA